ACGACAGUUAUAAAUAGACUGGUAUUAGGCUGCUGAAAACGUGGAAUAUGAUUGAAUAUAAAAUAGAUUAUUAACCGAGGAUAUUCUUGGAAAUCUCUCGCUUACCAAUGACAUAAGUAUCUAAUUGAAUAUAGUUAGUACGUAUAACAGCUAUUUCGAGAUAUUAGCGUUUAUUACGGAGCCCAAACAGUUUAUAAAUACACAUAAGAAGGAAAGCACCAACAAUAAUUACAGAACGUCACAAACACAAUAAAUUCUUAUUAAAAUCUAUUGUCAACAUUAUAUUAGAAAAAGAUGUCUACUAGAAGCACAGGCAAAACAAAAUGCGAGUUAGGAAAUAAACAAAUAUAUUAUAUUCAAUGUUGUUGUUAUAAUAUAUUAUGUUGAACAUAAAUAUUUAUGAACAUAUAUUCAACAAUGAUGCAACACAUACAGAAUAAUCUUCUAAUAUUGAUUUAUUUAGUUACGAAUACAGAGCUGAUCGAGAGCUUUAGGAGUCUCGAAAUCAUAUUAAAACUCAGUAAAUAAUUCCUUUAAAUUUACGAAUUGUUUUUUAAAUAUAAGCAUAUACCAAUCAUGUCACGAAUUAUAACAGAUGUCAAGCUGCUUUGCUGUUGUAAAAUUCUGAUAGGCAUAUACUGUUAGAUUCAACCAAGUUUAAAGAUAUAUAGUAAUCAUACUGACGAGUUUUGUAACAGUUACAAAGUAGCUUCCUCUGCUGAAUAUAGUUAUUGUUGUUUGGUGCGAAAUUGACUAUAUAUGUCUAAGAAAAAGAAGAAGUAAACGAAGGACAAUAAUUUCAAAUCUUAACAACAAGAGGACAGGAGACUCUUCUUAUUAUAUAAUUCGUUAGCAACAUAUUCCUCGAAAGAAAAUGUCCACCAAAACAGAUGAAUCAAAAUGCGAGUCAGCAACGGAAGUAGUUGAAAGUUCCUGCAAUUUGGAAGAUACGAUAAAACCUAGUGACGAAUUUUUGCAAGUUUUCAAAUUAACACUCUCAUUUUCUAAAGAUCAAAGUAACUUUAGCAAAAAACAAAUCAGGACAAUAGAAAUAAAAAUGGACAAAUUAUUUCAUAAAGUAAUUAACUCGCAAGACACAAAAUUUGAAGAUAUUGUAACUCUUGCAUAUAGUUGCCAAUAUUUAUGUUUUGCAUACAUAAAGUCAGAUCAGACAAAAAAUCUAUCUGCUGCUAAAGAUUCCAUUCUGCGCUGUUUUCAUUUGCUAAAAGAUAAACAGGUGGAUUCCAAAAUUAUUUUGGUGACUUUAAAAGCAUAUAACCUUUUAAGCCAUAUUUAUCAUAACCAAAAGAAGUUGGAGAAUGCUAUAGAAAUACUUGAUAACGCCAGAGAUUUAUAUUUGAUAUAUAUGGAAGAAUAUAACGAGCACGAUAUUCCUAUCGAUUAUGAAGAUAUUAUUAUUAAACCAUCUGUACAAAUAAAUGGUUUUUUAAAAUUAAAAUCUUUAUAUAGAAACAUUUUACAAACAUCAACAGAUAUACAUAUAAAGAUGAGAUCAAAAACUAGUGAAAGUUUUAUGCUAUGUCGUCAUUUAAUUUUAGUCGAUGAAUUGAAUUAUUUACAAACACCUGAGAAUUGUAUACAAUGGAUUGAAAUGGCAAUGUCAGUAUGCAGUAAUUUAAUCACGUGUAACCGUUUCGCAGAAGCUAAAAAUUACAUUGAGCAAUCAUAUGUUGUACAAGCAGCUUUAUAUACAAAAUAUGUUGAUAGUAAAAAAAAGGGACUUUCUUCUAAAACAUCCAUAAUAUUUACACAAUACAUAACUAUGAUGAAGUUAAUUAUGUUAUGCUACCUGAGAUAUGCUGCUACGCUCAUCUGUCAGUCGGUGAAACGACUGCUACGGUUAGAAAAAAACAUAGAUUCUAAGACUAACAUCUCAAUAACUAAAAAGCUAUCAAAAUCGGAGGGACGGGCAUCACGGAGGUUACUAUUAUUCUAUCAAAAUGUGGAAGAAUAUUUCAACACCAAUUCGUACCAUGCGAUCCCGUUUACUUACAUAUUGAAAUAUAACGAAGCUCAGAAACAGUUUGUCAAAAUUCUGAACGUGAUUUACAAUUCAGGGCUACAUCUUCACUUCGUCGAGGAGGUAAACUUUUGUAUUCAAACUAAAUUAUACGUUUCUAACAUGUACAAAUAUAUGGCAUUUUAUGAAAAGGACACAGCCACUCAGUUUUUACUACGAAAACGGCGCGCAGAAAUUUUAGAGACAAGUGCAAAUAUUAUUAGAAAUACGAAUGAUGUUAAAUUACUGAGAUUCUUAUGGCUUCAACUGACAAUUGCUUAUUCUACCCUGAUAGACAUGAAACUAGAAGAUAUAGAAGCAGCUUCCCUAUCAUAUUUAUCCCAAAGACAUGAUACAUUUGUUGGUGAAAUUAACGUUCUAGUAUCAAAGAGCUUAAUAUUCCUACAAAAGUAUAUGUAUUAUAAAUAGAUAAUUUAGUACAUGUAUUAUAAAUAGACAUCGGGGUAAUGUAAGAUAUUUCAUUCGGCACAAAAUUACAAUAAUGUUAGAUUGAAUUACCGCGCGGACUUAAGAUUAGUGACUCAUCAUAAUUUCAUAUCAGAAUUGCAAGGGCGGGCAUCGCGAAGAUUACUAAUGUUCGCUCCAAAUAAGAAAGCGUAUUACGACACCAAUACGUACCAUUUGAUGCCGAUUACGUACAUAUUGAAAUAUAAUGAAGCUCAGAAACAGUUUAUCAAUAUUCUGAACGUGAUUUACGAUUCAGGGCUACAUGUUGACUUCGUCGGAGAUGUAAACUUAUGUAUUCGAUAUAGAUUAUACAUUUUUAACGUGUACAAAUAUAUGGUAUUCUAUGAAAAUGACACAGCCACUCAGUUUUUACUACAAAAACAGCGUGUAGAAACUUUAGAAGUAGCUGCAAAUAUUAGGAGAUAAGAAUGAUUGUAAAUUACUAAGACACUUAUGGCUUCAACUGACAAUUGUUUGUUCUGUCCUAGUGGACAUGAAACUAGAAGAUAUAGAGGCAAGUUACCUACCAUAUAUUUGCCCCAAAGAUAUUUUGCACUUAUUGAUGAAAUUAACAUUCUAGUAGCGAAGAGCUUAAUAUUCCUACGAAAGUAUACGUACUUUAAAUAGAUAGUCACGACGGUGAUGUCGGAUAUCUCAUUCGGCACAAAAUGACAGUAAUGUUAUAACGAAUUACCAUGCAGACUUGCGAAUUGUGACUCGCACUCAUGACAAUUUAGUAUCAUCGAAAACUAACUUCGGAAAAGAUAUGUUAAUAUCGUUAUGCAAACGAAUGUACAUUAAAGUUUGUGCAUCUGAUGAGAAAUUUUUCAUAAAUAAUUAAGUAAAAUUACAUAAAAUUAUAUAUAAUUUUACAUUAUUAUAUAUAAUCAUAUAUGAAAUUUGUCCAUACAUAACAAGCAU